AUGUGGGUGAACUGGCAGGGAGCAACAUGGAACUCCGUCCACGAUGCGCCCAAAGGACUCAUCAAAUUUCGACAUGGAGGAUCGCAGGACUCGAACAUGGAGGGCGAUCUGCUUGUGUCCUACAUGAAAGUACUGCAGCCCCUCGAGAGCCACGACGACGGUGCGAGCGUCCCGGCCGGCUUCGCCCUCGUGACACCGCUGCUUUUUCUGCUGGUCCAGGCGAGCGCAGGUGGCCCGGAGCUCUGGAGCCGUGGGAGGGGAAUCCAGCUGGCGCUGAGGGCCCUGACGGUCCUCCUCGUGGGCGGGGCCUCUGGUGCCACGCAGCUCCUGGGCUGCCGGAAAACGGCGAAAAUGAAAUCGGAAUCCGGAUUUUGGGCAACGUGCACAUGGAUCCCAGCCGACUUGGUCUUGCCGUGGCUCGGGUGCGGCAAGGGCACCGUAGCCUCGGACCACUGGGGCAUACUGGGGCCAUCUGCGGCGGCGCCGUGCCCUGCUUCCUUAUGUUUCCUUGCCUGCCUCUUCUGGAAGCAGCGGCGCGCCGUGAGGCAGUGCAAGACCUCUCUUCGUCGUGAGUGCCGAAGAUGA